AUGGCACCACCCCCCUUCCCUCCCGGUCCCGGCCAGUCGGCCGACCAGUUCAACAACAUGGUCGCCGGGCGCGCCUACAACGGCGACGCCUACCUCCAGGCUCUGCUACACCGCACGGCCGCCCUCCUUGCUGAGGCGAAUGCAACCAUCAGCACCCCAGACCGGCAGAAGGCGUUUGCCAAGUUUAUUGAUUUCCGCAAGGGCGACCGCAAGGGCUCGUACAUCAUGUCGCCGUUCAUGUGCGAAUACGGCUUCAACAUCUCGAUUGGGGACGACUGUUUCAUCGGCCCCAACAACACUUGGCUCGACGUCGCCCCGAUCCACAUCGGCCACAGAACCAUGAUCGCAGCCAACACCCAGAUCUACACUCCUUCGCAUCCCAUCUUACCAGAGGAACGGAAUGGCCUCCGUGGGCCCGAGUGGGCUAAGCCCAUCACGAUCGGGGACGACUGCUGGAUCGGCGGCGGAGUCAUCAUCUGUCCUGGAGUGACUAUCGGUAAUGGGGUUACAGUUGGGGCCGGCAGUGUUGUAACGAAGGACGUCGAGGACCGCGUAGUCGUCGCUGGCAACCCUGCUAGGGUUAUCAAAAAGUUGCCGCCUGUAGGUGAGAGCAUCGACGGUAACUACAAGCCUGUUGGAGGCGAUUACCCCAAACCCCACCUCAAUGGGGUUAAGGCUGAAGGAGAGAACGGCGAGGCAAGGAGCGAACCCACGUCGCCAUUGGUCAGACCAGUACAGCUCUAG